GUCACUGAUGCAGGACACAAACAUGGCGGCUGGGCUCGCGCUCGUGUGCUCGCGGUUCCGCGGGCUGCUGUCUGUGCGCGUGCCCGCCGCGCGUGCGCUGGUCCCGGGUCUCGGUCCGGUCCAGACUCGGACCUUCGCCUUGGACCCGGACCCGGACCUGGACCAGAACCCGUUUUACUCCAAAUACCGCGAGAAGAUCCGAGACCUGCGCAGCUCGGACCCGCAGGAGUACAAGGCUCGAAUGGAGAGAUGCUCUAACCUCAAACAGGAGCGAGUGGGACGCAGCAAACAAGAGGAGUUCAUCAAACUCAUGGACACAACACAGGAAAGGGCAGAGUCGUCGAGGGCGGAGUCUUCAAGCUCGCCGUCCGGUGGAGUCGGCGGCAGACACAAGACUCUGGACUCCAUCUUGAACACAGACCUGGUGAAGGACAAAACAGGAGUAGAGAUCUCACAGAUCUGGACUCAGUAUUUCUCCAACAAAGACACAAUCAGUGCAGCCAUCCCUACUGAAACGUUUCAACUGAUGCAGUCAAGAGCACAGACCUGUCCUACGUUCGUCUUCGCUCUUCCUCGCUCUGAUGGAUACGAGUUCUUUGUGGGACAGUGGUCUGGACCUCACCUGCACUUCACCUCCCUCAUCAACCUCCAGACGCUGGGAGAGAGCGCCCCCUGUCAACUGCUGCUCUGCCACUACACUGAGCUGAAGGACAAAGGCCUGGUCCUGAUGAACGCUGAGAGAGACCAGAGAGCCAUGGGCGUACACGAGGCUCAGUGUUUGGCCAAUCAAGUGCAGUUGUUCUACGGCUCCAGAGACGGCAGAGCGUUCCAAUUGGUCGAGGCCUUUAACCAUAAUUCAAAAGAGUUCAAGCACAUGGACGUGAUCGCAGAGCUGGAGCAGAGCGGAGCGCUGGCCUAGACCCAAGACUCCUCCCCCUCCCAGGACUCCUCCCCCCCAGGGCUUCUCCCUCUCCCAGGCUCCUCCCACUUCCAGGACUCCUCCCCCCCAGGGCUCCUCCCCCUCUCAGGACUCCUCCCUCGAUCUGUGUUCGUCUCAACCUCUCGUUGGACUAUAGUCUUGUGCUUGUGAUCGAUUGGACGACUGAAAAGGGGGCGUGGCCAAAGCUCUUCAAACUCUUGGUAUCUGUGUAUCUGACACAAAGUGCACUCACCAGAUGACACCUGCAGGGGGAGCACCUCUCACUCUGUGCAGAAAACACUGUAUUUAUGUAAAGGUGUAUGUACGAUUAAAGAUGAUAUAAUCCUUAAUCUGACUGUUUCCUCCUCG